AUGCUAAAAAACUCAUUAAUAUCAAACAUAACCAAAAACAUAAUAGACGAGUCAGCCUGCGACGAUGACAAUAUUCAACCAAUGUUAGACACAAUGCACAAACUUGUUAUAGAUGGGAUGAAUAAACUUCAAUAUUCAAGUGUGGCAUUUGUCAUAAUAAUAGUGAAAACUAUCCAACAAUUAAUUUUAUUUUAUAUUGAAAUAUUUGUGGGAACAUAUCUAUGUCUUCUCAAUGCAGUGAUGAAAACAACAACUGAAUUUGCUUUAGACUCGGGAGAGACCAUUAUUAGAACUUUGAAUGUUACUAUUGUUGAAGUGACUAACGAAAUAGAAGAAGGGUUGCAGGGUUUAUCUACCCUCUUGAACGAUUUCAGUAGAGGGAUAACUGGACUAGCAUCUAUCUUUACUGGAGAAUCAACUGACCCCUCAGCAUAUGAAGAUAAGAUAAAGUUAUCUCUAGGAUCGUUAAAAGACAAGAUUAUGAUCCCAGGAGAUGUACUUACAAAGAUUGAUGAAGUAAGAAAUACCAGUUUAGAUGGGAUUUCUCAAGUUGACAGCGGAACUCAGACAUUAAUCUCAGCUCCGUUCAAUCUUGCAACUGAGCAAUUAACAAAAUUGAAAGAUAACUCUAAUUGGAAUCUGGGAGUUAAAUCAGUCGAUCCACUUCAAGCUCGUGAAAUUUGUCUUGAGAAUGUUUCAAACUCAAUUGAGUACCAACAAGCAUUAAUCAAUGGUAUAAACUAUACAAGCAAAAUAUUAAUAAUUUCACUAAUAUUGGGAAUGAUUGGAUGUGCCAUGGUAUUUUUCUAUUUAGAAUGGAGACACUGGAAGAGAACAGACGCAUUUCUUAGUGAAGCACUGGUUGUGGACAAAGUUGGUUUCCGUAAUCAAUCGAACAUCUACGAAGAUGUGGUAUUAUAUUCUUUGAUUAAAAGGUUUGGUAUUUCAGUGAGUGAUAAAGCUAUUUGGAUGUGGAGUUAUUUAACUAGCAAAUUUGCCAGAAAUGUCUUGUGUUUCGGUUUUAUGGGUUUGCUUGCCUUUUUGAUACAAUAUAUUCUUAUUAAAGAGGCACAGAAUUCACUACAGAAUAGAAUUGACACACUUCAAUUUGACAACUCGACAGUCAGUGGAAAUGUCACGGACACAUAUCUUAAAAAUAUGAAUACCUAUAUAUCAGAAUCAGAAACGACUCUAAAUGAUGAACUUUUUGGAAGUAUUAAAGAGACUUCAGAAACAGUACACCAACACUUACUUGACUUUUUAGAAACAUUGAGUCUGACAUUAGAUCUGAUUUUCGGGAAUACACCAUUCCUGGGACCAAUUGAAACGGUAGUUUAUUGUACCUUGGGAAGGAAGUUAGAAAAGGUAGAGCAAGGGUUAGAUUGGAUAAAUAACAAUUUGUAUGUCAAAUUCCCGGAGGUCUCUCCCGAAUUAGAGCAAAAUAUUAAAGAACUAAAGUUUUCUACAUCCAACAAGGUAUUAGACAAGGUGAAGGACAUUCUCGAUAUAUAUCGGAAAUCAUUAAAUUUCGAACUAUACGUAAGUUUAGCUUUCCUCGGAGCGUGGGUAUUGCAAAUUAUCAUUGGUGGAUUAAUUCUAUUUUUGAGAAGAUUCCAAUGGACAGAUGAUGAUGAAAACAGCGAGCUUACAAUUAGCGAUCCACGGCCGUUAACAAAAAGAGAGAGGGAAACCUAUGGUUAUCCAGUCCUGCAAGCGAUCGACACUAAUAUGCACCCCCUUCCCCAUCCUCCGAGUAUUUAUUCAUCAUCGUACAGUCCUCGUGGGACGGAUGGCUAUUACCAUUUCAAGUAG